AUGCUCCCACCAGAGAAACCAGAGCAAGCCACUGCGGUGUCAAUACCAGUCACAGAGAAUGUCGACACCAUCACAACACCCCAGAACGCUGAUCAGAUCGCAGAGUCGGAAGACGCUCACCACCUGACUGGCUCAAAGCUUUACCUCGUCCUCGGUGGCCUUGGUCUUGCCAUCUACCUGUUUGCGCUGGACAUCGCAGUCAUAUCUACAGCUAUUCCCGCCAUCACGGUGCAGUUCAACGCUACCACAGAUAUCGGUUGGUACGCGGCAGCUUACCCUCUAUGCCUCUGCUCGUUGCAACCUCUCUCUGGAAAGCUGUACGCCAACUUUUCUCUCAAGUGGACCUUCUUCACCUUUGUCGGCAUCUUCCUUCUGGGCUCUCUCCUCUGCGGUGCGGCAGUCAGCUCCAACAUGUUCAUCCUCGGCCGAGCUGUUGCUGGGAUCGGAGGAGCAGGGAUAUUCUCUGGCGGGUUGUCCAUUCUCGCGAUUGUAACUCCUCUCUCCAAACGUGCACUCUACACAGCCGCCCUCUCUUCCCUGUUUGGAGUUUCCACAAUCACAGGUCCCAUCAUUGGAGGGGCCUUGACGACAUCAGUAUCAUGGAGAUGGUGCUUCUACAUAAAUCUUCCUGCUGGGGCGGUCACACUGCUUGCGUUGGCUCUGUUCUUCGAACCUCCCACACGAACUUCAGAUGCGGCACCUUUGCGGGAGAGGCUACGACAAAUUGACGUCGUCGGGUGUGCGAUAUUCGUCCCAACUAUUGUCAUGGCUCUUCUGGCGCUGCAGUGGGGCGGCCAUCAAUAUUCUUGGAAGUCGGCCACUGUGAUAGGACUCCUAUGUGGCUCUGCUGGAUCUGCUACGCUCUUCCUUGUCUGGGAACAUCGGCAAGGCGACAGGGCCAUGAUCCCGUUCUCGAUCGUGUUCCGGCGUUCAAUCCUGCUGAGUUGCCUUUUCAGCGUCUUCAUGUUUGGGGCCUACAUCAUCAACGUCUACUACCUGCCAGAGUGGUUCCAAGUGAUCAAGGGAGCUAGUGCACUCCAUAGCGGUGUCAUGACGCUCCCGUUGGUUUGUUCUCAAAUUGUUACUGCUACAGUCGCAGGAUUAAUCAUCAAUCGUACUGGCUUCUACAACCCCUGGUUUUUUGUCGGUGUCGGCUUUAUGGCUAUCGCAUCAGGCCUCUACACUACUCUCACCACGUCAACGCCUCACGCAAAAUGGAUCACAUACCUGGUCUUACAGGGUGUGGGCGGAGGAGGCAUGCAGUCGCCACUCCUCGCCGUGCAAGCCGCCCUGGCAUCACAACCUCAACAAAUACCCAUCGGCAUAUCAACAGUAGCAUUCUUCCAAUACUUCGGAGCUUCUGUUUUUCAAAGCAUUGCUCUGGCGAUUUUCCAAAACCAACUUGUCAAGUCACUCAAGAGUCGUGCAGGUCUCAACGGCGAACAAGUACAGCUAUUAUUGGAUGCAGGGUCUGGCCACGCUCGCAAGGCUACAUUAGACUCGUUCCCGGAGAAGUUGGAGCCUGUGCUUUGGGCAUACAACAAAGCAAUCACGAAUGUCUUUUAUGCCUCACUAGUAUCGGCCAUCCUGGCGUUUGUCUUUGCUUUUGGGAUUGAAUGGAAAAAUAUCAAAGCGAGACCUCCAGCCAGAAAGGGCAACGAGACCGGGACUGACCAGGCAAGCCACAACAGCGGACAGCCUUGA